AUCUGGAAACCGGAAGUGAAUUAUUUUGCAGGCGUCUACACCAGGCUGUGGCUCUACUUAUUAAAGUUGGCGGGAGCUGAGCGAUCAUUCGGGCCUGGGCAGGCUGUGGUGUAGUGCGUUGCAGGCAGCGCUCACCUCCUCGGGCCGGCAGAAUGCGGGUGGCUGUGGCCGGCUGCUGCCACGGCGAGCUGGAUAAGAUCUAUGAGACGCUGGCGCUGGCGGAGCGGCGUGGCCCGGGGCCUGUCGACCUCUUGCUGUGCUGCGGCGACUUCCAGGCGGUGCGCAACGAGGCGGACCUACGCUGCAUGGCCGUGCCGCCCAAGUACCGCCACAUGCAAACCUUCUACAGGUAUUACUCUGGAGAGAAAAAGGCCCCAGUUCUCACGCUCUUCAUUGGGGGAAACCAUGAAGCCUCAAAUCAUUUGCAAGAGUUACCCUAUGGUGGCUGGGUGGCACCAAACAUUUAUUAUUUAGGUCAUUUUGAGUGCCCCCCUUAUAAUUCAUCUACAAUCAGGAGUAUAUAUCAUGUGAGAAAUAUUGAAGUCUAUAAAUUAAAACAGCUGAAGCAGCCUAUAGAUAUAUUCUUGUCUCAUGAUUGGCCAAGAAGUAUAUAUCAUUAUGGAAAUAAGAAGCAACUUCUUAAGACUAAAUCUUUUUUCCGACAAGAAGUGGAAAAUAACACAUUAGGAAGUCCAGCUGCCUCAGAGCUUUUAGAUCAUCUAAAACCUACUUACUGGUUUUCUGCCCACCUUCAUGUGAAGUUUGCCGCCUUGAUGCAGCAUCAGGCAAAGGAUAAAGGACAGACAGCCAGAGCAACCAAAUUUUUAGCCUUGGACAAAUGCUUACCACAUAGAGAUUUUCUUCAGAUAUUAGAGAUAGAACAUGACCCCAGUGCUCCUGAUUACUUGGAAUAUGAUAUUGAAUGGCUCACUAUUCUCAGGGCUACAGAUGAUCUUAUUAAUGUGACUGGUCACGUAUGGAAUAUGCCUGAAAAUAAUGGCCUGCAUGCAAGGUGGGAUUAUAGUGCAACAGAAGAAGGUAUGAAAGAAGUGUUGGAAAAAUUGAAUCAUGACCUCAAGGUUCCGUGUAACUUUAGUGUAACAGCUGCUUGUUAUGAUCCUAGCAAGCCACAGACACAAAUGCAGCUGAUUCAUAGGAUCAAUCCUCAGACUACUGAAUUUUGUGCCCAACUUGGCAUCACAGACAUCAAUGUUAGGCUUCAGAAGUCCAAGGAAGAACAUCAUGUGUGUGGUGAAUAUGAAGAACAGGAUGAUGUGGAGAGUAAUGACUCUGGAGAAGACCGGAGUGAAUAUAAUACAGACACAUCUGCUCUGUCUUCUAUUAAUCCAGAUGAAAUAAUGUUAGAUGAAGAAGAAGAAGAUGAAGAUAGUAUUGUAAGUGCACAUAGUGACAUGAAUACACCAUCUGUAGAACCUUCUGAUCAAGCUUCUGAGUUUUCUGCAAGUUUCUCUGAUGUCAGGAUCUUGCCAGGCUCUAUGAUUGUGUCUUCUGAUGAUACGGUGGAUUCCACAGUUGAUAGAGAGGGGAAGCCUGGUGGGACUGUGGAAUCAGGGAAUGGAGAGGACUUAACCAAGGUGUCAUUGAAGAGGCUGAGUGAUGAACACGAACCUGAACAAAGAAAAAAAAUUAAGAGGAGGAAUCAAGCCAUUUAUGCUGCAGUGGAUGAUGAUGAUGAUGCAGCUUAAGACAAUUUACUUGUUUUGUUUUUGUUUCUGUUUUUUUGAGACGGAAUUUCACUCUUGUCAGACAGACUGGAGGGCAAUGGCGUGAUCUCGUCUCACUGCAACCUCUGCCUCCCGGGUUCAAGCAAUUCUCCUGCCUCAGCCUCCGAAGUAGGUGGGACUACAAGUGCCCGCCACCACACCCGGUUAAUUUUUAGUAGUGACAGGGUUUCACCAUGUUGGCCAGGCUGGUCUCAAACUCCUGACCUCAGGCGAUCCACCUGUCUUGGCCUCCCAAAGUGCUGAGAUUACAGGCGUUAGCCACUGUGCCUGGCCGACAAUUUACUUGUCUUAGUGUUAUACAUAGAUAUAUGAUUUUUGAGACCGUAUUUUUAGAGCUGAAUUUUUGACGAAAGACUUAACUUUAUAAUAAUGAAGAUACACUAGAGAAUUUUAGUUAGAUAUUGACUUUAGGCUUUUGUAUGUUUCAGAUGCAAACAUAUUAAAACUUUAAUAUAUUUACUUGACUGGGUAUCUUUUUUUUUUUGAAGACAUACAUUAUUCACUUCUACUUUUACAAUAAACACUUAUUUAACAUCUACUUUGUGCCAAGCACUCUGCUAUAAUAUGGGACCAUAAAGAUAAGUAAGACAAGGAUUUUUGCCUUCAAGGACUUGCUAUCACUGUAAACAUUUUGAUGUAUACAAUAUGGCUAUAUUAUAUUUUGUUUUAUAAAAUCAAGUCAUUGUAUAUACUAUGUAUGCUUUCUUUUCAUUUAUUAUAAAUAUUUUUCCUAAUCAGCUUUUAAUAUCUGUCAAAUAAAAAUUGAAAUUGAA